AACGCUAUCAUCCAAAUACCUAUACCAGUUUUGGAGAAAUUUCCACAAUUUAAUGAGAAAACGUUUUUGGAUUUAAGGCUUUUGUACCAGCAUGCUAAAGCGAAGACUCGUUUGGUUGAAACAAAAUUAACACGUCUGAAAUCUGAAGAGGAACAAAAUUCUGUUAACGAUAGAUUAUCAGAUAUUACCGAUAUCACUGAUACGUUUAUCAACAGACCUGAAGUCAGACAUGAAGUGACCAAUAAUUGUAAGGAUAACUCUAUUAACAGUAAAUUGUCUGAAAUCGAUGAGCGUAUAAAUUAUUCGCCAUUAAAUAAGGAAUCAGAAAUUGUAAAACAGCAGUCAAUAAUAAGUAUUUCUGAUAAUGAUAGUUUUACUAUAUCAAAUGCCAAUAUUUCUGAAUUGGAAUCUAGUUAUAUGAAAGUACAAACAGAUUCAUCACCGAUCAAUAAGAUGAAUGAUAAAAACAUUGAGACGAAGGAACAAAAAAGUAAUGCUGGUGCGCUUAGUUUAAAUUCUCCCCCAGUUCAGAAAAAAAGUGCAUUUCAAUUAAAAAGGCCGAUUAAAGCUACUGUGGAUUCUCAAAUUUCCAAACAAAUAAUAGAAACAUGGAAAAAGGAAGCAGAAUCUAAAACCAUUGGCCUUCAAUCUUCGAUAUCCUAUUUGAAUGCAAACACAAGCUCCAAUAUUACGCCAAAAAGUAAUCGAAUUACAAUAUCCAAUAUGAAGACAAAUGUAGAUUUCGAUAUCACCCCAGAAAGUAAUCAAAGUACAACAUCCAAUUUGAAGACAAAUACAAACUUCGAUAUUACGGAGAAAAGUGAAAAAAUGAACAUUUAUGAAAGUGCAUACUUUAAAUCAAAGAAAGAAGAUCAAUUUGAAAUUAAAAAUAAUUAUGGUGGCAAUUUUGAAAUUCCUGUAAGUAAGGAAAACAGAAAUAAUCACAUUGAUUGGGAUGCAAUAAGCACAUCUAAUACAGAUAAUAUUUCAUACUCCGAAGAUAUAAUCGAUUAUUUAGAAGAUAUUGAACAGCUUCCUGCAUUGAGUGAAGAGUGCAACAUAAAAACUACUGAACCAAAUACACAAGCUACAUCUAUACAAGGUAGUAAUCAUAGCGAAUCUGAUAAGGAGAACAAAAUAAAGCAGAAAAAUGUUCAAGAACCCAUUUUCACCGGCAAUUAUAAAAACGAUGGUGCUAGCAAUGAAUUCACCUCCUUAACGUACCCACAUUCACGAGAAAUGUUAAAGGUAUUUAGACAAAAAUUUGGAUUGUAUUCAUUUAGACCAAAUCAAUUGCAAGCGAUAAAUGCUGCAAUUUUGGGAUUCGAUUGUUUCGUCUUAAUGCCAACUGGAGGAGGAAAAUCCUUGUGUUACCAAUUACCUUCACUUUUGUUACAAGGAGUAACAAUUGUAAUUUCACCAUUGAAAAGUCUUAUUCUAGAUCAAGUUCAAAAGCUGACAUCUCUUGAUAUUCCAGCUGCACACAUGUCUGGUGGAAUAACAGAUUCUCAGGAAUGCGCAAUAUAUAAGGAACUUUCAACAAUGAAUCCAAAUCUAAAAUUAUUAUAUGUAACUCCAGAAAAAAUCAGUGCAUCUCAAAAGUUUUGUAGCUUUUUAAAGACAUUGUACGAGAGAGAACUGUUAGCAAGAUUCGUUAUUGACGAGGCCCAUUGCGUUAGUCAAUGGGGACACGAUUUUCGACCCGAUUAUAAAAGACUUAACAUGCUUAGAGAUAAAUAUCCUAAAGUACCAAUUAUCGCUUUAACUGCCACAGCCACGCCAAGAGUUAGAACUGACAUAUUGCAUCAAUUAAAACUUACUACACCUAAGUGGUUCAUGUCAAGUUUCAAUAGACCUAAUUUACGAUACAGCCUAAUUGCGAAGAAAGGUAAAAAUUGUUCGGAUGAAGUGAUAGCUUUGAUAAAAACAAAGUACAAGAAAGAAUCAGGUAUUGUCUAUUGUCUGUCGCGUAAAGAGUGUGACACCUUUGCGGCACAGAUGAAAGAAAACGGAAUUAAAGCAUUAAGUUACCAUGCUGGCCAUGCAGAUAAUAAAAGAAGUGAAAUUCAAGGCCGAUGGAUUUCAGAAGAAAUUCAAGUUGUGUGCGCGACGAUAGCAUUUGGAAUGGGUAUUGACAAACCGAAUGUGCGUUUCGUUAUACACGCAGUGCUUCCUAAGUCUAUAGAAGGUUAUUAUCAAGAGAGUGGACGCGCUGGCCGCGAUGGUGCGAAUGCAGACUGUAUUUUGUUUUAUAAUUACGCGGAUGUAUAUAGGAUUCGAAAAAUGGUGGAACAAGACAAUCCUAAUCCCAAUGUGUUGAGAACUCAUAUGGACAAUUUGUUUAAAAUGGUAUCGUUUUGUGAAAAUAAGACAGACUGUCGUAGACAAUUGCAAUUGAAUUAUUUCGGGGAGAUAUAUGACCGACAGCAGUGUGUGGCAAACAAAGCAACAUCCUGCGAUAACUGCAGAUGUAAAGAUGAUUUUAAUAUGUUUGAUGCAACAGAAGAUGCAAAACAAAUAACGAAAGCUGUGCGGGAUAUUGUUCAAUCCAGAAGUUGCAAUCUUACGAUGGUGAUGCUUACAGAUAUAUUUAAAGGGUGUGAUCUCAAGAAACUGAGAGAAGCAGGCCUUACUAAGCAUCCUUUGUAUGGUCGUGGUAGGUCAUGGAAUAGAGGUGAUAUUGAACGUCUGUUACAUUACAUGGUGCUCAAAGAAUAUUUGCAAGAGAAUAUGCAUAUAACUGUAAAUGACUUUGUUUGUGUCUACGUAAAAAUUGGGCAAAAUGCUGCUGAACUCAUG